GAAGAUUCUAUAUUGACUUUGUAGAAAGACGUCCCGCAGAUUUGUCUCAAAUUUUUCCAACUGAAGACAAUGCUACAUGGGUUGAUGUAUAAAACACUUACUUCCAAUCCAGAGUAUAAGUUGGGCUUGAACGAUCAAUGGCACGAAUUGUAUGGACUGUAAGCAUUCCCCGGACUUUAUACACGUGACUAGUGAUUAAAGAAAUGGAGUACGACUACACCUCGUCGGAAUCCUGCAAUGCGGGCCUCCUGGGGCCGAGCCUGGCCAGCAUGUGUAAUGUCACCUCGUACUAUUUCUUUCUGUCGAUUCUAGAGACAUUUGUAAGAAGAAAGCAACGAAUCGCUCAAACCUGCGAACGCAUCACACCUAUCCAUACCCCAGAUGCCGAGUAUGACUUUAUCGUAGUGGGGGGUGGAGCAGCCGGUUCUGUCGUCGCUGCAAGACUAAGUGAGAAUCCGUCCUGGAAAGUUCUGCUUGUUGAGGCAGGUCCGGACGAACCAGUAGGUGCAUCCGUUCCGGGUUUCUCUUCCGUUAUAGCCCAAUCAUCUAUCGAGUGGGGAUACCAGUCGACAAACGAGAGCUACGCCUGUCUCAGUUCGAAUGGUAGUUGUCAGAUCUCUGCAGCCAAAGCUCUCGGUGGAAGCAUGAUACACAAUAGUAUGAUAUACCUGCGCGGCAGCCCGUAUAUAUUCGAUCAAUGGGCUGCAAUGGGUAACGAGGGAUGGUCGUGGGAAGAUGUCCUACCGUUUUUUAAGAUGUCCGAAAAUAACGGUGAGAUCGAUAGUGUUGGUCGAGAGUAUCACGGCACGGAUGGACCGCUUUUUGUCGAAAGAUUUCCGUCCAAACCACCGUUUGCAAAUGUAAUACUCGAAGCGGCCGAAGAGGCGGGCUUCGGGGUCAGCAAUGACCUCAACGGAAAGGAUAGAUUCGGCUUUGCUGUAAUCCAAACAACGAGCCGCCACGGUGCGAGACGCAGUAGCGCCGCGGCUUAUCUGCGGCCAGUCAGACACCGCAAAAACCUCCACAUAACUCUCAACUCCACAUGCAGCAGGAUUAUAAUCGAGAAUGAACAAGCAGUUGGCGUCGCAUAUUACAUGAACGGCAAGUUGUACACGGUACGCGCAUCCAAGGAAGUCAUCGUCUCCGCAGGCGCCGUUGAGUCUCCUCAUCUUCUACUCCUCUCUGGAGUUGGGCCGGAAGAAGAUUUGAAAUCCAAGGGAAUCGACCUGGUCGAAAAUUUACCUGGCGUUGGCAUGAAUUUCCAUGAUCAUAUCGCAUUCCCGAUUGGGUUCACCAUAGACGAGCCUGCCGUCUACGACAACAACUGGGCUGCUCUCGUUGAGUAUAUUGCUUUCCAAACUGGUCCCUUGUCUAACAUUGGACUCGCUCAGGUUAUGGGAUAUCUACCGUCUGGAAUAACGACGCCCGGCCUUCCGGAUAUCCGUAUUAGUGGCUCGGGUUAUUAUGCUGCUUGUGCACCUGGUGGAAUCGGUGAGCUUCAGAGCGACGGUAAACGCAACAUCGUCGUUACGUCCCGGUACACGCACCCCAAAUGCAGAGGAAAAAUCAGUCUGGUUACACCGGAUCCUUUCGAAUAUCCUUCAAUCUGGGUAAACUAUCUCUGCGAUCCUGACGACGUUGCUGGGAUUGUAAAAUCAAUCGAACAUACUCUGAAAUUGGUUGAUACACCAGCCUUGAAGGCCUACAACAUGACCUUGGCCGUAACACCUCUCGAGGACUGUUUAAAUUACACUUUUGCUUCCACGGAAUACUGGGAGUGUGCGGUUCAUUACAGUGCAGAAGGAGAUAAACACUAUUCAGGUUCCUGCAAAAUGGGUCCUGCAUCGGACCCACUCGCAGUUGUCGAUCCUCGGCUGCGAGUUUACGGCGUAAAUGGAUUGCGCGUUGCAGAUGCUUCCAUAAUGCCUGAGGUGACCACUGCUAAUACCGGAGCACCCUGCGUCAUGAUUGGAGAACGAGCUGCGCAAAUGAUCAAGCAGGAUUGGAAAUAUUCGGACACAAUAUGAUAAUUUCCGGAAUUCGGUACAGGGGACCCUAUCCACAGUAAUAGCAACGGGUGUGAAGAUAAUACAUAAUAUACAAUCAAUAUGUUAUCAAGACAUGUUUAAUUAGUAACUACUCGAACCUUUUCAAGAUGUCCUUAUUUUCAUCUUACGAUAAUAUAGCAAUUAAAGGUUGUUGCAAUCAAAGAUAAAAAAGAAAAGAAAAGAUUUACCUAUCAUCGUCGUCAAAAAAAAAAAUCUCACAGAGUACAUUCGUCGGCAGUAUAAUAGCGUCAUAUUCAGAUUCAUUGGCCCUACAAUCGAGAUUCGAAGAGUUCGUACCAGUAUCAACGUAUUUUUAACCAAAGUCACAACUGUAACAAGGCUGUUGAUAAUACCGAAUGGUAUAUGCACAGAAUACGUGUACAGACCGUGAAUGUCGCAACAUUACUAAACAUGUCAAAUUAUACUGCAUAGUAAGACCUUGAUGAAAACCUGCAAUGUCUCAAGUCGAGACGAUGUUUUCACCAAC